AUGCCUUACCCGGACGAAUUCGAGGGUUUCAUGAUUAAUGAGCUCGGCAAGUACAAGGACUUCAAGAAACAGACUUUCAAGCCAAAGAAAUUUGGUGACAAUGAUGUCGACAUCAAGAUUGAGUGCUGCGGUGUCUGCGGCUCCGACGUACACACCAUCACGGGAGGCUGGGGAGACGCACCGACGCCCAUUUGUGUUGGCCACGAAGUUGUCGGCAAGGCAAUCAAGGUCGGAUCCGCCGUCAAGACCGUCAAGGUCGGCGACCGCGUCGGUGUCGGGGCUCAGGUUUGGUCUUGCCUAAAGUGCCCGCAGUGUAAGAGCGACAAUGAAAACUACUGCCCGCACAUGGUUGACACAUAUGGGGCCCCGUACCCCAAGGAGGUUGACCCGGAUGAGACUAUUUCGCAAGGUGGUUACGCGUCACACAUUAGAGCCCACGAGUACUUUGUGUUCCCCAUCCCCGACGCCAUCCCCUCGCAUCUGGCCGCACCCAUGAUGUGCGCCGGUCUCACAGUAUGGUCUCCGCUGGUACGAGCCGGCGUCGGUCCGGGCAAGCAAGUCGCCAUUGUCGGCCUCGGCGGCCUGGGACACUUUGCCGUCAUGUGGGCGGCCGCCCUCGGCGCCGAGACGACGGUCAUUUCGCACUCGCCGCACAAGAAGGACGACGCCCUCAAGCUGGGCGCCAAGCACUUUGUCAGCUCGGGCGAAAAGGACUGGGCCAAGCCGCUGGCCUUUACGUUUGACUUUGUCCUCAACACGGCCGACAUGACGCACACGUUCAACAUUGACGACUACCUCUCCAUCCUCAAGGUCAACUGCCGCUUCCACCAGGUCGGCCUGCCCGACGAGGGCAUCAAGGAGCUCAAGCCCCAGCAGUUCAUGGCCAAUGGUUCCAGCAUUGGCGCCAGCCACAUUGGCUCGCGCCCCGAGAUUCUGGCCAUGCUCAAGCUCGCUGCCGACAAGAAGCUGUUUCCCAUGGUCGAGACUCUGCCCUUGUCGGAAAAGAACUGCGCCGAGGCUGUCGACCGUGUCAAGAACAACAAGGUGCACUACCGCUUCACCUUGACUGAUUAUGACAAGGUCUUUGGCGCUUAA